GACAAAACUGAAAGGAAUGAAAAGAAGUGCACUUUAAACACAAACCCAGACACAUAAAUACACUUCAUCUGUAGAGUACUACGCUAAAAGCAAUGAAUGGUGUGACGUACAGGAAGUGCCGCCCCGUCGCGAGUAUCUGUAUUCAGUUUCAAGUCUUCUAGCGUCGCUUCAAUGAACGCGCCAACCUCGAUGUCAUUCGUCGGCGGUGACGGAGCACGCUGAAUUUCUGCACGAUUCGUGCAGCGAGUUGGAAAAACUGCAUCUUGCCAAAGAGCGUGGAAAUCUACUUGUACAUUUUACACACAGCAAAAGUGCUUCUUCGUGCGCUGACUUGGUUGCUAUUUUCUCUUCCGUCUUUCAGGGACCUCGUUUGUCAGUGGAAUUAUUAGAAAUACAGCGUUUGCUUUAACUCUCUUCUUCGGUCUUGUAACGUCAACGACGUCGCGUUUUUUCUUCUUCUUGCUCUUGGCUGGAGGUUCACUGGAAUAUAAGCGCAGUGAGUUUGAGCAGUGAAGGGGCAUUCCUCGCGCCGAGCUCGAGACGCGCUUGGAUCUUGACCGCGCGCUGCAGCAACGGCCAAUACAUCUACACAUCCAUCCAUUAGCGCGCUGGACGUGCAGGUUUGCUGACAGUUCUGGCUAUAAAGUUAAAAAAUAACGUUUUUAUGAGUCAUAACCAAUGAAUGUGAUACUAAAUAAUAUCAUUUUCCUCAAAAAUUGCAUUUUAAUGAGAGAACUCACAUCAACGCGAUGUGAAUUUGACAUUUUUCGGAGCUUUUCUCUGAGAGAACGUUUUUCCGUUACGAUGUACUUCGAGUAACCGACUCUUUCCUGCUCUCGCUCGUUUAUAUCGUGUUUAAUAACGAUGGCCAACGAAAUUCGCUAUGACAAUCGGAAUAUUGUGGAGAAAUACCUCAAUCACAAACUUUCAAAGAAGGGAUAUGAGUGGAAAUUUCAAUCUUCUGGAGAGGACGAUAAUACCAUCAAUACAGGAGUAGAGGACCUCUCUCCAAACUCUGACAGGAGGCUCCAUGCUCCCUCAGCCGGAGGGGGGAACGACUCUGAAUGCCUUAUAGCAAACCGGGUCACUCGUUCAGACCCUUAUUCGAGGAUCUACCGGGCGUUACGCGAGGCUGGAGACCAGAUAGAAAGGAUAUACCAGCGUGAAUUUGAGGAGAUGUCCCACCAAAUGAUAUUCAGUCCCAAUGCAGCACAACGUAGCUUCUUAGCCGUGGCCGAAGAGCUCUUCAGAGACGGAGUGAACUGGGGGCGGAUCGUAGCUUUCUUUGAGUUUGGUGGGACCAUGUGUGUGGAGAGCUUCAACCGGGAGAUGGCGUCCCAGGUAGAUAAUAUUGCACACUGGAUGACAGACUACCUGAACGGGCCACUGGAAAACUGGAUCGAGGAAAAUGGAGGCUGGGAUGCCUUCGUGGAGUUGUACGGUCAACAGAGAGACUCUAUGUUCCACCCAUUGUCGUACCUAACGAAAGUGCUUGGAUUGGCAGCACUGGGCUUGGCAGGAGUGACCAUCGGAGCCUUUUUUGCUCAGAAGUGAUGGCUCUACGGGUCUCUUCACCAAACUAUCUCACUUUCUCUGCCUGUCUCUCCUCUUCAGCUUAUCAAAGCAUCUUUCAGCGCCGCACUGCCCCACUAAGCCCAGCACCAGUGCCCUUCAAAGGCCACCGCUGAUCCGACGCCCCUCCAGCCACGGGAGAUGCGGCGCUCACGCUCAUUCAUCCUCUCUGGAGUGAAGAAAACGCAAAGAAAAAGAAUACAGAAUGAGGACUUGCAGGAACGCUCUCACACUUUGACUAUGAUGCUCGUCACUGCUAUGUACAGUUGCACUCGCACAGAGAUCGACACACAAAACACGUGCACACACGAACACUUGCUCAUAUACUUCAUAUGGACGCAAAAAUACAAAAAAAGAACGUUUUAUCUUUAAAGUUUGUUUCUUAUGUACGAAACAAGUACAUAGAGAUUUUUAAACUUAAGAUUGUGCUUUUUUGACAUUUUGAUAUCAGGUUUUUUGGCAUUUUGUAGCAUGAAUCAAAAAAAAAAAAAAAAGAGGGAGGAAAAAAAGAAAGUUUGCCGGCGUGAAUGUAAAUAACUUCUCCACUAUCUGCAUGUGUGGAGAAAGAGACUCUUUUAGCUACUUUUUUAUUGCAUGAUGGCAUUUUGAACUUGACCACCCACCCCUUCUGUGUUGAUUCAGGGUGUUCUUAUUUUUUGUUUUUGUUUAUUUCUCUUUCACUCCAUUGGAUGGACCUCUUGAGAUCUCCCGUCAAACCAACAGAUGUUGAGCAUUCCUCAUUAAAAAGUUCCUCUUUGAUUUGCUCUGUGUCUUGCUGUUUGGUGAGCACAAAGAAUGUGCCGACAACCAAACCAAAGCGGCUAUCAUGAUGUAAUAGGGUCAUGGAGUUGUCUGACCCAAAUUGCCCCUCUUGAAUGUAAAGACAUUUGGAAGUUUGUCUUCUGAAAGGUUUCCAAUUGUAUAUUGUCAUACAUUAGCAUUUUUUUGUAUAUAAUUAUUGUUUUGAUUUGUGCAAAAUGAGUUAAAUGAGCAAUUUUGAGGGUAUUGUGUAUGUAUAAUGUCCGUGUACAUGUAGUGUGAGUGUGUGUACAUCUGUAAAUAGAUUGUGUUGAGAGAGCUGGACUUCUGGUGGCUGUGUUCUGGUGGAGAAAUGCGGGCAGCCAGCCACUUCUGUCUAUCCCAGCCAGAUGUGUGUGUGAGCACGCGUCUGCAGAUGAAACAGGCAGGUGGCAGCUGGGAACAGAAGUUCAUUCAGGCUGGCAUGAUAGGUCAGCGGGGCUUUGAAAGACUUUGUACACAACGGACUAUGUAAUACACGGCCCAGGUGUAUCACUUUUCCCUCCUCGCCGCUCCCAAUGUUAUCUUUCUGGCAUGGUAGAUUACAGAUGCCUUGUAAGCUAUAGAUUUUUGGAUGCCCUCACAACCAAAGAAAUCCAAUUCGUCUGCUGUAACUUCUGCCCCAGAGAGAGUCUCAUCUAGUGCUAUCCCUCAACUUCCGUGUUAUUUUCCUCUGGGAGAGUAGAUUUCUCAUUCACAGGAAGGUACUGAGACACCAGCUUGUCCUAAUGUCUUUUUCCCCCUCAGAUGUUCAUUGAAGUCGCUGAUAUAGAUUUAGCGCUCUGAGACCAAACAAAGACUAUGGCCAGCAAUAUUUCAAUAUCUUCUGCAUUAAACUUUUGUUUCGAAAGUUUGUUAAUAUAUGAGCCAUAUGUAGAAAUCUUGAGGAAAAUAGAAUAAUUUAUAGGUUGUGCAAAAGGUGACAUUGGAAUUGUUUCAGUUCAUGAAUUCAGUGUGAAUUGGAUUUGAAUUUUCUAAAUUGUCCCAGCAAACAUUCCUUUUUCUUAUUAAAAUAUAUACUCUUAAGAAUUUCUUUGAAUUUCAGUUUAUUUUAACUCUAUUUUGUUCAUUUCAAAUUCUGAAAUUAAAUUUUAAAACGUUCUAAAUUCAAUUUCGAAUGGUGCACAACUGAUACAGUGUCUACAGACUUCAGUCAAAGUGGACAAGCUUAUUUAAAGUGGCGUGAAUGAAAAAGAGUCUGUGAAGGAUGGAAGUUAAUGGUUGGAUGUCUAAUUUACUGAACUUUUAUUAUUUUGUCCAUUUGAAAAUUGUGGAAAAACGUAUUUCAGUAUUUUGUUGGCUAAACAGCCCUCAGUAUACAAAAGUACGACAUAAACAAACUGUACUUCUUUCCCUCACAGUCUCAUUUUCAUUCAAGUCAAUACUCUAACUAAGGAUCCAUAUCAGGAUCUCUUUUAUCUAGUCUAUCAACACAGCUCUCUCGAGUGUGUAGCGCUACAGAUUAAACAUUCACUAUCUAAUAGUAUACUAUAUUGCUGCACCCUUUAUUGGGUGGUGCAGGACUGUAUCCGAAUAUGUUAAAGCGAGUUUUGAGGACUCACACUGUAAGAUCAUUUUACUUUAGCUGCUAAAGAUCUAGCAAUGUAAGACGACAGGGUGUGAAGCUGAGCUUCCCCCUGUUGCUGCACCAUAUGAAGCUGCUCGUGGAUGAACCAGCGUAUAACUGCCACUGCUGGAGCGGAACUAGUCCAUCCACUCCUUAGGUCUCGCUUUUCCUCUGGUUAGGAGAAGCUGAGAAGUCUAUUACAAUCAGACUCUACAUGCACCUACUUGAGUCUAAGAAGCCUUAUGUAUUCGAUUAAAUAGCAUCAAUCUGUGAUUUCUAUUCAUAUGCGAUUUUCAAAUUCAGUUUGUGUCAAAUUCUUCUGCACCUUUUAAGAAGCAAUGCCUCUUCAACAAGUGUAAUCGAGCAGCGAUUGUUUGUCAGGGAAAUUUAAUUUGACAAAAAAAAGAGACUAAGAAAGUGGAAGGAGAAGGAUGCAGGAAAUUAAUGUGCAGUCUAGUAGUCAGAUGUGUGAAUGAGUCAUAAGUUUCUUUUGUAGCGGUGUGUGUAUACAUAAAAAUCUGUUGCAUUGUAAAGGGCCAUUCGCACAGAAUGCAUUUUUUGCGUUUAAAAACACAAGACACAGGAAAGUGGAAUGGAAAAACCACAAAGUAUAGAACUUUUUUAGGAUGUCAUAUAAUGCAUGAGACACAAACACAACAGUCAAAUGCAUUCGUCUAGCACAUGUUUACAUAGAAAACAAUUUUUUUUUUUAAAUGUGUAAAGCAAUGCAAAAAUGUGUUCUGUGUGAAUGGCCCUUAAAACUGUGUCCUAACCAUGAUAAAGCAAAAUCCCACUCCAUAUGGCUGCACAUUAAAGCUGAAGUGUGUCAUUCGCUAGACCAAGUUGACUGUUUUUAAACAGGUUUCCCAAACACUCCUCCCGGAGACGACUCAAUAGCCCCACCCCCAAACACACCCCAUUGGCUGAACCAAUGUUGCUGUUGUUGGGCAGAUCGAGAUGGUUAAACAAACAGAUCAAUGUUUUGAAAACACCACUGAGCUGCAGUGUUUCACAUUUUAGAGAACUCAACACACGAUUGUCUUACUAAUAAUUGUUUUAACAUUAAAAAGUGACACAUUUCAGCUUUAAACGUGAAAUUUUCCUGAAUUAAAUGAUGCUGGAAAAGUCAUGUCUGGUCAGGACACGCUGUGAGAGAAGGCAGGGAAAGUACAGUAGGUGAAACUGGGUUUAACUCCAGUGCCAAUAUUAAAUUUAAUUUAAAAUAAUCUAACUUUUUCUAAAUAUAAGUUAUCUUUUAUCUCUUUGCAGAAAAAUAUCAGAAUUCUGAAUGUAAAAAUAGGAUCAGCUCUGAUCAGCUAAAGCACUCACUCACAAGUCAGUCAGAGUUGCGUUGCUUGUACUUCUGCAAAAAUGAAAAACUCCCUAUGUCAGUUCAUUCAUUUUCGUCAUACAGAUGGAAAGAGGAUGGGCCUUUGUUUCAACUCACAUUCUGUCUGAUAAAUAUGGAAGUGAGAUUUAAAGUGCAACACGAGGGGUUUUCCCUUCUUCCAUCUGGAAUGGUGGUUUUCCGGUAAUCUGUUAGGAGAAAAAUUGCAGAUACUGUCUCCAUGGUUGCACUGGUUUGGUGGUAACACCAUGUUAUUUACAUUUUGCAUGAGUGCAUUCUUUCAUCUCCAGUUAAACAGCUUCAUUUUGCUCGAGUUGCGGUGCGAUUUUCACAUUGUGUUCAGUAUAAAUGACUCAUUUUGGUGUCUCUUCUGAAAUAAACCCCCACGCCCCAUCACUUCAAAUGGAAAAGAUUAUCGAAAUGUUUUUUUUUCCUUCGGCAGCUACUAUAAUGCAUUCAUUUUACAAUACCACUUUCCUUGGAAAAAGAAAUCGAUUUUCUGCUCCGAUUUCUUUGCUUUCUUUCUUUUUAAUGACUUUGCUGCCAUACCUUCCCUCAUAUAUCACAUAACCAUUAAAAUGUAGCAAAAUAUCCGGAGGAUUUUAAUAUAGAGACAGGAGUUUAUAUUUGAUUUCCAAAUUCUCAUUUUUCCACCAUUAUCCUGUUUGUCUUUCUAUGUUGUACAUUCUGUCUUGUAAGCCCUCAGCAUGUAGCAUUCAGAAGCAAUUGUUCAUGAUUUUUCUUUUUCUUUUUUUUGUUUGUUUAAUUUAUCCUCAUAGCACUUGUGAGUUUUAAAUGUGUCAAUAUCAUUUUGUGUACGUAUCCAUGUGAUAAGCUAACAGUUAUGUGUUCUAAUUAAAUAAACCUUGCCUUAUCAUCUGAGAAGAGCUGUCACGGUUUGCAUCACUGAGUCGGAAACUCCAAUAUGCCUCUACGGAUUCUGUCACGUUCUGCUGUACUCCAAAUUGAAGGCAGCUAGGGAAUCGUUUUAACAGGCCAGCUGUAUAUCAGGAAUGUUUAAAGCAAGAAUAGGGGAAGGUUGGCAACGGUGUCUCGCGGGAGACGAGGAUUUAACCAAUCAACAUGGGCCAUGUGUACAUCCUUCUGUUUAACCUGGGGGUCUUUCUUGAGACA